CUGUUUUUCCCUAAAGUCUUGCCUAUAAAGAUCCAUCCCGUAACCCUCAGCGUUUAUGCUGCGCACCCACUUGAGGAUUAACAACGAGUCGCUUCCUUCGCUUCAAUAAAGGACACUGUCUAGACAACGAGCGAUGUUCACCCCGGUGGUCGUCCUGCUGGGCCUGGGUCUGAGUCUGACCCAUACGUUCCCCUCCCAAGCCCCAGAGGCUGGGAAGAACUGGGUGGUGAUCGUCGCUGGCUCCAGCGGCUGGUACAACUACAGACAUCAGGCCGAUGCGUGCCAUGCCUACCAGAUCGUCCAUAAGAACGGCAUUCCUGACGAGCAGAUUGUGGUCAUGAUGUUUGACGACUUGGCCACUAACGAAAACAACCCCACCCCCGGCGUGGUGAUCAACCGGCCUAACGGCACCGACGUGUACAAGGGCGUCCCCAAGGACUACACCGGAGACGCGGUCACACCAGAGAACUUCCUUGCGGUUCUGAAGGGAGACUCCGCCAAUGCGAAGGGCGGUUCUGGGAAGGUUCUCAAGAGCGGCCCUAACGACCACGUGUUUGUUUACUUCACGGAUCACGGCGGUCCUGGCAUCCUGGCGUUCCCCGACGACGAGCUCCACGUUAAAGACUUCCAGGAUACCAUCAAAUACAUGAGGGACAACAAGAAAUACCAAAAGAUGGUAAUGUACAUCGAGGCGUGUGAGUCCGGCUCCAUGAUGACCGACCUGCCCGAAGAUAUCGAUGUGUACGCCACCACGGCCUCCAACUCCCACGAGUCCUCGUACGCCUGCUACUACGACGAGAAGAGGGACACCUACCUGGGUGACUGGUACAGCGUCAACUGGAUGGAAGACUCCGACGUGGAGGAUCUGACCAAAGAGACGCUGGUGAAGCAGUUUAAGCUCGUCAAGAAACACACCAACACCAGCCACGUGCAGCAGUUUGGGAACAAGACCCUGGCCCAUAUGAAGGUGAUGGCCUUCCAGGGUAACUCCAUGGCCGGCGCCCCCCGAGCCCCCCCCAUGACCCUGCAGCCCGUGGCGGACCCCGACCUCACCCCCAGCCCCGACGUGCCGCUGGCCAUCCUGAAGAGGAAGAUGAUGGCGUCCAACAACCUCCAGCAAACCAGGGGCCUGCUCAUGGAGAUCAGCACCCAUCUGAAGAUCCGGGAGGUGCUGGCCGACAGCAUGCGGCGGGUGGUGGAGGAGGUGACCGGGGACUCAGUGCAGGCCCAGGCGGUCCUGAACUCCUGGUCCACCCUCACGCAGCACGCCUGCUACCAGAGCGCAGUGCGCCACUACAAGACUGCCUGCUUCAACUGGCACAAGACGGAGUACGAGUAUGCAAUCCGCCACCUGUACGCCCUGGUCAACCUUUGUGAGAGAGGAUACGCCACAGACAGGAUUCUGCAGGCCAUGGAUGCUGCGUGUUACUGAGUGAGGACGCCUCCCGCCGAACCAAAGAGCGUCUGAGAUGAGACCUGAGGAUGAGGAGGAUGAUGAUGAAGAAGGUGGUGAUGAUGACAAGGUUUAACGGGGAACUCUUCUGAGAGCAUGGCUCCUCUGCACUUUUAACGAAUCAACCAGACGUCCAGCUGAAUGUUUUGCUUUUGUUUUGGAUGCAGACUUUUACACCUAUUUUGGUUUGUUUUUUAAUCCGGUUUCACACAUGUUUUAAGUUGUGGUUUUAUGAUGGAUGCACUGCGAAUGAGUCUGUUUUAACAGGGUAUUUUAACCACUUCCAAUUUUUUUUUUUUUUUUUUUUACGAUUUAGUUCUUCAAUGUUGGGCGAAUGUGGCCUGCCAGUGUAUUUCGAUUUAUUUUGCACAUUAAGACUUUAAGCUUGCAUAUGUGGCUUGGAUGAGUCAAAUACGUACUGAUUGCUGAUCAAAUAUUCUAAAUGCGUACUGCCGCCGAUCCUAGGCACGUUUCGUCAAUCACGCCCUGCUCCAUCGUUUUGGAAAAUAAAAAAACACUUGAAGACGUCGUGGGUGUACUUUUGAAUUUC